AAAUAAUCAAACACAGAAAAAUGAAAGCAAGACAAUUUAUUUUGUUUAUUUUGAUGAUAGUUGGUGAAAUGAUUGCCGCCGUGUUUUAUCCGUAUCAAAGAAGUUCUAAAACUUUGGUUCACCAAAGCCCAUUACCUAAGUCAGCUGAAUCUUCAAAUGACUACAACAUGCCUGUACAAAUUCGUCAAACCCGUUUAGUGUGUCUUUUCUAUGAUUUGUGUGCUUCCAGUAUUGCCCAAGCUAUUCGGAUUUUUCUUGGCAGUAGUAAGUAUAAUCCUAAACCACCUAUCUAUAUAAUCCAGAUCACGCCACGGCCUUGUGAUCCCUACUACGAGCACUGUUCCAAUAAAGGUUAACCAUUUCCAACCUAUGAAUAAACAUCCCCAUAAAAUAUCCAAUUAUUUAUACUCACACUAUCCCAAAGGCUUACAACUAAUGAAUGUUUUACAUCUAUUUCUAUUUUGCUCA